AUGUCCGGGCGACUUCAGGACAAAAUCGCCGUCGUCACCGGCGCAUCGUCGGGCAUCGGCCAGGCAAUCGCUCUCGCGUAUCACACUGAAGGCGCAAAGGUAGUGUGUGCCGACAUCCGUGAAGGCUCGCCGGGAGUGGAGUCGGCCAGCUUCACGCACAACCGCAUCGCCAGCUCGGGCGGCCAGGCAAUCUUCGUGGAGUGUAAUGUCGCGCAUCCGGAGCAAGUCGAAGCGCUCGUUCAACGCGCCGUAGCAUGGGGUGGCCGGCUCGACGUGAUGGUGAACAAUGCCGGCGUCGGGAUCGAAGGGAGGCUCAACACCUACAUCUGGGACUGCGAUGUUGAGACCUGGGAUGCCACGCACCUCAUCAAUGCCCGCGGCGUCUUCCUCGGCACCAAAUACGCGACGGCGCAGAUGCUCAAGCAAUCCCCUCACGCCAGCGGUGAUCGCGGCUGGGUCAUCAACACCGCCUCCAUCCUCGGCCUGGUAUCUAAUCCACGCGCUCCCGCGUAUACCGCGUCGAAACAUGCCGUCGUCGGCCUGACACGCUCCGCCGCGCUGGCUUGCGGCCCCCACAGGAUCCAUGUGAAUUGUAUAUGUCCCGGCUAUACGACCACGGGCAUGACGGAGAAGACCUUUUCCGACCCGGAGAUGGUGAAGACGCUGAUCGGCCAGCAUGGCUUCGGCGAAAGACUCGGCGAGCCGGAGGAUCUGGCGCGAGCAUGCGUCUUUCUGGCGAGCGAGGAUGCCCGAUGGGUGACUGGCGUGGCAUUGCCCGUGGACGGCGGCUUCACCGCUCGAUAG